AACACAAUUUGAUGUUUCACCAAAAAUCACGUUUAUAAAUUUCACGCAAAUCAUGACAAAUUCGUAGUGUUGUAAUUUUUUUGACGAUUUUAUUCUAUAGAACUUUAUAAGUAAGAUCUUCAGAUCUUCAGCAUGAAGAAAUUGACGUGUGUAAUGUUAUUAGGCCUACUGUUGAUACAACCAAGCUUAAGCAAUAACGAUGAUGAUGAUGAUGAGGACUCUAAGGACGACGGCAACGAUAUAGAUCCGGAAGAUGAUGAAGUGCCGGACAAGAGGACCCGUCUGCCCAUCGGUAUAAGUCGCAGCCCCAAGCGCAAGCCGCUGGAGUGCUUCGUGUGCGCCUACAAGGCGGAGACGCCGAUGCGGGCUUGCUUGGACCCCAACAAGUUUCGAGUGCACACAAUAACCUGCCACAGCGUGGAGGACCGCUGCUUCACGUCGGUGAUCGCGCACGCGUCGGCCUACGAGGCCGUGGUGCGCGGGUGUCGCUCCGGCUGUGUGGGCUCCCCGGACACCACCUGCUGCGAGUUUGACCGCUGCAACAACCAAGCGUUCUCGAUGCCACUGCCAUCGCUGCAGAAACCACAAAUAGUCUACGAGAGGGAAAGAGAACAGGACAACUUGCAGAGGUCAGAGGUCAGCAGACGAGCGGAUAGAGAGAGAGAGAAGAUAAUCUCCAUGGCCGAUAUAGAGCCACCUGAAAUGAUGGAAACACCUCAAAAGGCAAAAGGCAAAGCGAAUAACCUGCAUCCAACUGUUUGGUUCUUUGUCACGAUCCUACUUCUUCUGCAAACUGUUGCCCGGGUCAUUGUGUAGGUAGUGGUAAGUGUAAAUUAUUAGUUAUUUGGUCUGUGAAGUGUAAAUUUUUUGUGAUCGCGGUAAA